AUGUAUAAAUGGGGGGCCAGGAGGCGGUGGCGGCACCAAACAGGAAGCUGCCUUGCUGUGCCACCUCUCACAUCUCAGGCAGCCCUGUCCAGCAUGGCCAAACGUCCUCUGCUGCUGCUGCUGGCCAUGGGGGUGCUGGCUGGGGAGCUGUGGACAGAGGCCCAGGCAGCACCCUACGGAGUGAAGCUUUGCGGCCGUGAAUUCAUCCGAGCAGUCAUCUUCACCUGUGGGGGCUCCUGGUGGAGACGGUCAGACAUCCUGGCCUAUGAAGCUAUGGGUGAGGCUGGGGAGGUGCUGUGUGUGUGUUAG